AUGCCAAGAAGCACGGACCGCCGUCCAAUGCUGGGGUUUGGCUGCUUCCCCGCCGUCGGGGGCGGCCGGAGGCCCCCCAAGUCCCCGCCGCUCGUCAAUCUUACCUACGUCGACGACGGCUCCACCUCCACCUCGGUCUCGCCGCCCUCCUCGGCCUCCACCUCCUCCCCGGCCUUCCUCGACGAGGACGACGCGGACGCGCAGGCCGACGUCGGCGGCCUCUCGUCGGCCAUCGCGUCCCGCCGCCUCUGCCUGGCGCCACCCGGCCGCUCCAACUCCAUCGUCGACUCCCCCGAGGGCGCCGCUGCUCCCUGCCACACCACCGUUGAGGGCGCGGAGGCGGAGGCGGCGGUGCGGAGCGUGAUCAUGUCGACGGACGCUCCGCGCGCAGAGUUCCUCAAGUCGAUGCUGGAGAUGGCGGAGGCGCUGGGGCUGGACCCGCGCCGCGGCGCCGACCGCGCGCGCAUGCACGACCUCCUCUUGUGGUACAUCGCCAUCAACGACAGCGACACGCUCAGGGACAUCCUCGGCGCAUUCACAGAGCUCCUCUGCCUCCUCAACGCCGCCGAUAAUACCACCACCCACGGGAACGGCGACGGCGACGGCACCGGGAUAACUCCACCGUCGACGGCCACAGCAGACAGAUAAUCAAACGGACGGACAGAUGAUAGAUGGGCACGAGCGCGAGAGGCGUACGUUAGCCAUGCAUGCAUGCGACGGGAGAGGAGAUGAUCGUACGUACCGUACGUUAGUCUAGACUGAGACUAGACGCAGCAGCAAAGCCGGGUCGUCGUUAAGUGUAACAGCAUACCGUUUUUUCAGUUAGUGUAAAAAAUGAAAGAAAAACUU